UGUUUACAAAUGGAGAGUGUUGGUGAAUUUUACAUUGUUUUCAGAACGUCGGAAUAAACUUGAUUUUUAUCCAUCGUUUAUUUUGCCGAAUUUGCCUAUUUGCUUGGACAUAAACAAACCUUUGAGGAUGAUUGGAUCUUUUUACAAUUUCCAAAGACGCGGCGUAUUACUGCUGGUAGUACUCGUCCUCCAUGCUAGUGAGACAUUGUGUGCUACCUGUGUUCAGAGCGGUCAAUGUGCGUGUACUUAUGAUGACGGAUCGGGGACUGUGGACCUUUCGCCAAUAGCUAGCACGGACCAAAGCAACCCCCUGAUUCGUGACGCGUUUGCUCCCGAUACGUACGCCUACUCGUUCAACCCCUGUCUUCCGUUUACUGAAGGCACCUGUGUGAACGCCGCGGCUUGUCAGUUUGACACGAAUGGCAACAUCUACUACAACAUCGGAGAUUCGUCCAAGGUGACACUGGCCAACUCCGGUACAACAAUCACUGCCACUUACGUAGCUGACGACGGUGCCAGGCAAUCGAAGGCGACUUUCACCUGUGAUCCAAACAAGGACCCACCAGACGUGCAAGCCUUGGGGGAAACAUCACAGUCUUUCUACGAAUUUGCAAUAACAACGAAGUACGCAUGUGCGAGUUCCGGUCCUGGUCCCGGUCCCGGUCCCGGUCCGGUAGUUAUAGUGACUACUUCACUAAGCAUUAGUGUGGGAUGGAUCCUCACUAUUCUGUUUCUAGGAGUGGGUGUCACAUAUUUAGUGGCAGGGGUCGUGUUUAACCGGUUUUACCGCCAUAACGCUGGAAGGGAGCAAAUACCGAACAUUAACUUUUGGAUUGCCAUUCCUGGCCUCAUUAAGGAUGGUUGUCUUUUUGUAGUCGGCAAAGUCAAAAACAUCAGAGGUGGAUAUCAAAAAUAUUAAAAAACAAGUGUCGUGACAUUCAGUAUUGGUUGAUGUCUGUUGAUGAAGGAAUAUAAUAAACUUGACGUGUG